AUGAUUUCUGGCAAGAUUUUUUUAUAUGUCCUACUUGUUACAUUUGUAAUUCAAGCUGAAAUUUCUAUUGGAAAUCCUACAACUCCUGAAAAUCUCCAAGCAUUAUUGAGACAAUCAUUACAAAUUAAUGAUUGUGCACGUAUUGUACAAGUUGCAAAACCAAUACCAUUACGUUUUCGUCGUUCGACAAAUAUUAAAAAACAAUUUCAAUGUACUAUCACAUUGGAUUGA